AUGGAGUACCGGCGUGAGUUCAAGGAGGCGGAGAUAGUAGAUGAGGGGGAAGACCAAGAAUCUCCGGAGGUGCACAGGGGCGUCCUCUCCGAUACAACUCCUCAAACCAGAGGUCACCCUCCCCAGACGGCCAGGUGCUGGAUGAAUGAGGUGCGCGAUCUGUCUUACAACAUGGAGGAUUACAUCAACAGCCUAUACGUGCAGGCUGGAGACCCCUCCCUCAUUGCCGAUAACAUCAAGAUCUACAGAUCCCACCACAAAUGGCUAAGUCAUGUCAGGGUACCAAAGAAGCUUACGUGGGAUGAGCAGAUUGUGGGAUCAGUAUCAGAAUUCAGGAUAUAUGUUGGCGACGCGAUGAAACGACACAGGAUGUAUGGUCUAAAUUAUUUUAGCACCUUGAGGCGUACACUUGUGCCCGUUGGCCAUAUGCUUCAAACGCCAACACCGUAUGAAGUAACAUCUGACAUAGUAAUCAAUGACCGCAUGAAUGAGUUUAUUAACUCACUGACUAACGAUGGGGCCGAUCAGCAGCAGCUCAAGGUGGUAUCUGUUCUGGGAUCUGCUUGUCUUGGUAAAACUACAUUUGUUAGAGUGUUGUACAAAAGGAUUGGGUUGCAAUUUGAUUGCCGAGCUUUCAUUCGAGUGUCCAAAAACCCUGAUAUGAAGAAAAUUUUCUGGGAGAUGCUCUUGCAAUUGGAGCGGCAGCAGUGCCCACCACAAUAUUGUAAGGAGGUUGAUCUCAUUAACAUGAUAAAAAAUUAUCUACAAGACAAAAGGUAUUUAAUUAUUAUUGAUGAUCUGUGGUCUGCAUCAGUAUGGGAUAUUAUCAAUCGUGCUCUUCCAAAGGGUAGUCAUGGAAGCAGAAUAAUAACCACUACACAGAUAGAGGAUGUUGCUUUCAGAUGUUGUCGUUAUCAGUCAGAGCUUGUUUUUGAGAUGAAACCCCUAGAUGAUGAUCACUCAAGAAAGCUAUUCUUUAACAAACUGUUUGGCUCUGAAAGUGAUUGCCCUGAACAGUACAAAGAGAUUUUAAAUGAAAUUGUUGAAAUAUGUGGUGGUUUGCCACUUGCAACAGUCAGCAUAGCUAGUCUUUUAGCAAGCCAGCCUGCCCUGACAAUUGAUCUAUUGACUUACAUCCGUCAGUCAUUGAGCUCUCUUUUCUCGGGGAAUCCUACCUCAGAAAGAAUGAGACAAGCACUAAAACUCAGUUUCCACAAUCUUCCUCAAUGCUUGAAGACAUGUUUGCUUUAUCUUUGUAUGUAUCAAGAGGGCUACACAUUCUACAAGGAUGAUUUGGUGAAGCAAUGGAUGGCUGAAGGCUUCAUCGAUUCAACAGAAGGGCAAGAUGUGGAGAAAAUUGCAGAGAGCUAUCUCAAUCAACUUACCAGUAGAAGAUUCAUCCAGCCUAUACGUAUCAACUUCAACAAUGAGGUGGUGUCAUGUGCAGUUCAUGGUGUUGUGCAUGAUAUUAUCGUACAGAAGUCCGCAGAAGAGAAUUUUGUUGUUGCAAUAGACUGCAAUGAAGAGAAUGUAGAUCUUUAUCACAAGGCCCAUCGACUCACUCUCUUUGGCAAUCCAAGAUAUGCCAAGACACCAACAAGAAGCAUCAUAGAGUCACAAGUUCGAUCACUCGCUUUUUUUGGAUUAUUUGAGUCUAUGCCUAGUAUUACAGAAUUCAAGUUUCUUCGUGUUCUAAACCUUCACAUAUCUGGUUAUGGUGGCUCCAAAGAACUCGGCCAUGACGACAACCCUGUAGACCUCAGUGUGAUUUCAGAACUGUCUCGCUUGAGAUAUUUGAAGAUUGCUUCUAAUCUCUGUAUAAAACUGCCAGACUAUAUGGGAGGGCUGCAUUGUUUGGAGACACUGGAUAUUAUGGAUGCAGUACUCAAACUUGGAAUCGGUGUCUGUCUCCCGUACUUGUUGCACUUGUAUCUCGGACUCUGUCAUGAGAGAAAUGUGCAGAAUUGGAAUGACGAGAUGUCCGAACUUGAAAAUAUGAAAGACCUGCAGGAUCUUCGUUUUACCUUUUCUUCUAGGCAGUCUUCAACUCAGGAAAAAAGCAUGUUAAUUUUGCGGGAUUUUAUCAGCGGACAUGACAACCUGAAAACAAUAAUAGUUGCUUGUCACUCCUUAGAUAAGGUGACUGAUGGCCCUUCAGAUGCAACCUUUUCAUGGGAUAACAUGGCACCUCCCCCACUCCUCCAGAGAUUUGAGUUUUCGCCGCAAAGAGGCUGCAUAUUCUCACGAAUACCUCCGUGGGUUGAGAAACACAGCAACCUAAGAAUUUUGAAGAUUGCAGUCAAGGAACUUCAGAUGAUUUGUGUUGGUAUUCUCAGAGGACUGCCUGCUCUCACUUCUUUGUCAUUGCAUGCGGGGACAAUGCCCAUUGUCAAGUUCAUAUUUGAUAAGUCCGGGUUCUCAGUUCUCAAGUACUUCAGGUUGAUGCUCGUGAAAGGUUUAGCUUGGCUAAGAUUUGAGGAGGAUGCAAUGCCUAGUCUAUUGAAGCUCAAGCUAGUUUUCAAUGUUAUCCCGCAAAUCGACAAAUAUGAACAUGGUAUUAUCAGCAUUGACCAUAUGUCAAGCAUUAGAGAGAUUUGUGUGAAAUUUGGGGGUGCAGCUACUGGUCGAGAACAUGCCUUGGUUAGUAAUCAUCAGAGCAAUCCUAUAAUCAAUAGGCAAUCGACGGUUUAUAAUUCCUUCGAUGACAAGAGCACAAACCAGAAACUACAGACAUAUGAGAUUCUCAAGGGAGAACGAGAUGAGAUCGUGGAGAAAGAAAGAGAUGACCAUGGUAAGGAAUCGAAGAGCCCAGUUGAUCAAAGGAUUUUAAGGUCACCCGUGUCCUCUUCCCGACCACAUGUCCCAGGGAUGUCUGCGUCGGAGAGGAGCAUGAGCUCCGCCACCACCACAGGGAAACUCUCGAUGGUCAGCACCAGCACCUUCAUGGCGUCGACGGUCAGCGGCGGCAGCACCGACGACGGCUGCGUGGAGGACGGCCACAUCCUCGAGUCCCCGAACCUCAGGAUCUUCACCUUCGCCGAGCUCAGGGUCGCCUGCAAGAACUUCAAGCCCGAGACAGUGCUCGGCGAGGGCGGGUUUGGGAAGGUCUACAAGGGGUGGAUUGACGUGAACCCGGCCAAAGGAAGCGUCACCAUGGCCGUCGCCGUCAAAAAGCUCAACCCCGAGAGCGAGAGCGUGCAGGAAAUGGAGCAAUGGCAGUCUGAAGUGAAUUUCCUUGGGAGAAUUUCACACCCCAACCUCGUCAAACUGUUGGGCUACUGCAUGGAGGACAACGAGCUACUACUCGUGUACGAGUUCAUGGCGAAGGGGAACUUGGAGAACCACCUCUUCAGAAGAGGGGCCAUCUAUAUAUGA